GAGAAUCACACAGGAGCUGCUGGUCAGUGCAGUGAUGCUGCUGCAGCAGAGAGGAGAGGGGCUGCAAAGGAAUGAACAAUAACAGACCAAACAGGGAGAACAUGGAAUGUUGUGGUGGAAUGCAGAAUGUUGUGGUGGAAUGCAGAAUGUUGGAUUGUCUGGACAGGACAUCAUUAAUGACAUGAAGACAAGUAUGGAGUGAGCCGAGGCAGUGCUGGACCGUGACAGUGUUUCCCUGGGUAUCUAGUUCCGUGACUGUCACUGUAACAGUGAGUCCCAGACGGAGGGGAGAUGUAUGCCUUCUACUCCCUGCUAGUUUACAUCUUCUACACUGUCUUCAAGAAGGAGGAGGAAGAAUCCCUGGGAGCUGCUCAGGGCGGAGCCUCAGCGGAGCCAGGACGUGUUUCCAUGGAAACAAGGAGCAGGAGAAGAAAAGGCCACACCCCCAGGAAGGAGAGGAGGAAAAGGGGGCGUGGCAGCAGGUUGAGUGACUCCAGCAGUAGCAGUGAUAGUGACGGCCUGUCCCUGAGUGAUGAAGAUGAUGGUGGAGGUGGUGAAGUGCCCGAUAUCCCAGCAUGCACUCCUCUGGGUGCCUUCCUGUCCUUUAAACAAGAGAACGAGAAAAGGAGGGAGGUCCAGGUGCAGCUAGAGACGGCAGGAAAGUUGAUGUCUGAGUCUCCCUUGGUGGCGGUGAUGUCCCACUUGCUGAGUUUUCUGGAGCAGUACUCCCACCUCCAGCAGCUGCAGCAGCAGGCUGAUCAGUACCGGGUCCAGCUGAAGAGGCACCGGGCCCAGCACCGCCGCCAGAUGAAGACCCUGAGGACAUCGUACCGUCAGAGGCUGAGAGAUAAGAACAGCGUCAUCGACAGCCUGGAGGAGGUCAUCGCCACCCAGCAAUACACACCGAGCACCCCGGGGAGCGACGGUGAGUGUGGUGCUGAUGUCCCUGGUGCCGGGGCAGGGCUCCACAGGCUGGUAGAGUCUCUGUAUGGACUACAGGGAGAGAAGAGCCAGCUGAGGGGAGAACUACGGCUGCUGCACUCCCAACUGGAGCAGAGAGAACAGGACCGACACUCACGAGUACAGGUCUUCCAACAUCAGAUCGACGAACUGAAGAGCUGCAUCGAGGAGCGGGAGGAGGAGCUGUCCAGACUGAGAACGGACUCUGGAGCUACAGACUCGGAGAAGCGGGUUGUCUGUCUGUCAGCGGAGAACGAGAGUCUGAAACAGAGUCUGACUGUCACCCAGGGCCUCCUGCAGCAGCUCUCUGUCAUCCCCUCCCAGUCCAGCUCUGUACUCAUCAAGGAGAAUGAGAACCUGCGCAGCCGGGUGCAGCACCUGGAGAGUUCCCUGCAGCAGAGGGCUGAUCAGCUGUCUCACCUGGAGCGACAGAGCGAACAAAGCGAGUGGAGGAGAGGAGAGGAGCAGAGGAGAAGAGAGGAGAGAGUGAGGGAGCUGCAGCUAGAGCUGGAUAAAGAGAGGGCCAAAGAGCCACAGGUCAAGAUUGUCACUCAAACUGUGGAGGUGGAGUCACCGGUGACUCUGAGGCAGUUGGCUGAGGCCAGAGAGAGGAACGAGCAGCUGUCAGAGAAACUGACCAAUCAGAACGAGAAGUGCAGACAACUGGAGGAGCACAUCAGGAAGUCAGAUGAAUUCAGCUGUAACCUGCAACACAAGAUUGCAGCGUACGAGCGGGAGAUCAGUGUACUGCAGGAGGAACUGCUGAAGGAGAUAGGUCACCUGGAGGAGAAGAAGGAGGAGGCUGUGAAGGCUGCAGCGACCUGCUCCGUAGAACACUUCCAGAGCCUGCAGGACCAGUUCUUUAACCUGCAGAAGCGUCUGACAGCGCUCCCUCCGACCCUGCGCACCAUGAAGACAGACUACGCCAGCCUGAGGAGUCAGGUCCGCAACUUCUCCGACUUCUACGGAGCAGCCAUCACCGACGCCAAGAAACAGAUAUCAGCAGCUAUGAGUGAGAUGUCGGAGGCCAACAAGGACCUCCUGGAGAAGUACAGGAAGGAGGUGGCACUGCGGAGGAAGUACCACGAGCAGCUGGUCGAGCUCAAAGGCAACAUCCGUGUGCUGUGCCGUGUGAAGCCGGUUCUGAAGGAGGACCAGCAUGAGGAGGGCCAAUCGGUGGUGGUAACCACGGACCCCAACAACGAAUCAGCUCUCUCCGUGCUGAAAGGGCAGGGCCGAAGCCAUAACUUUGAACUGGACCGUGUCUUCCACCCUCAGGCCACUCAGGAAGAGGUCUUCCAGGAGAUCGAGCCCCUGGUGACAUCCUGUAUAGAUGGAUAUCAUGUCUGCAUCUUUGCCUAUGGGCAGACUGGCUCUGGGAAGACCUACACCAUGGAGGGCAGCACAGAGAACCCAGGCAUCAACCAGCGUGCUCUGAAACACCUGUUUAGUGAGAUAGAGGACAGGAAGGACAUGUGGACGUACACCGUGACUGUCAGCUCUGUGGAGAUCUACAACGAGGUGCUCAGAGACCUGCUGAGUAAGGAUGGAGAGAAGCUGGACAUUAAGAUCAACCCAGACGGAACAGGACAGCUGCACGUCCCUGGACUCCGGCUCAUAGAGGUCAAGAGCUUCCAACACAUCAAGAAACUUCUGGCGCAGGCGCGUCGUAACCGGAUCACCUUCGGGACCCAGAUGAACCAGCACAGCUCUCGUUCUCAUGCCCUCCUCAUGAUCACUGUGCUGGGGACUGACCUGGCCAGCGGGGCCAAGACCACAGGCAAGUUGAACCUGGUGGACCUGGCUGGCUCUGAGAGGGUCUGGAAGUCAGGAGCUGAGGGAGAGAGGCUGAAGGAGGCCCAGAACAUCAACCGCUCCCUGCUGGCUCUGGGGGACGUUAUCCAGGCUCUGAGGGGGAAGGAGAAACACAUCCCCUUCAGAAACAGUCGCCUCACAUACCUGCUGCAGGACUCACUGGGCAAGGGCAACAAGACGCCAUGGUGGUGCAGGUGUCUGCUCUGGAGAGUAACGUGGGAGAGACCAUGUGUUCUCUGAAGUUUGCUGAGAGGGUUUGUAAGGUGGAGCUGGGGCCUGCGGCCAGGAAGAUACAGAGAGGAGGGGGAAGCCAUCAGUGUGACUAGAACUCCCCUUCCUGAAGUCAUCCAACUUCCUGUUCCCAUGGACGACCAGGACUCCAGGGACUCAACAGACACGCAGCCAACCAAAUACAUCAACAAGCAAUAAUAACAACAAACAACCCCCUCUUCCCAGUCAGCCAGUCAGUCAGUCUAUCAGUCUGUCUAUCAGUUUGCCAGCUAGUCAGCCAGUCAGUCAAUCAGUUCGCCAGUCAGUCAGCCAGUCAGUCAAUCUAUCAGUCUGUCUACCAGUUCGCCAGCUAGUCAGCCAGUCAGUCUAUCAGUUCGCCAGCUAGUCAGCCAGUCAGUCUAUCAGUUCGCCAGCUAGUCAGCCAGUCAGUCUAUCAGUUCGCCAGCUAGUCAGCCAGUCAGUCAAUCAGUUUGCCAGCUAGUCAGCCAGUCAGUCAGUCAGUCUGUCUCAGUUCGCCAGCCAGUCAGUCAGUCAACCUAUCAGUCUGUCUAUCAGUUCGCCAGCCAGCCAGUCAGUCAAUCUAUCAGUCUGUCUAUCAGUUCGCCAGUCAGCCAGCCAGUCAGUCAAUCUAUCAGUCUGUUUAUCAGUCAGUCAGUAUAAAAGCUACCAGGUGUGUAUUCAGUGAGAUUAAAUAUUGAGAAUAUUGCAGAUUCUCUAGUCUAGCGAUCAUAAUGUCUGUUCAUGUCAUGCACAGGAGGUUGGUGGCACCUUAAUUAGGGAGAACACAUGGUUUCCAUGGUUUCCAGGUGUUUGAUGCCAUUCCAUUCGCUCCGUUUCGGACGUUAUUAUGAGCGUUCUCCCCUCAGCAGCCUCCUGUGAUGUCAUGUCUGUUGAACGUUCUGUAAUGUUACACCCACCUGAACAGACCCCAUCUGUAACGUUACAUCCUCCUGAACAGACCCCAGCUGUAACGUUACAUCCUCCUGAACAGACCCCAGC